GCUCUAGGGCACCGGAUGCCACGCCGAGGAAGGAUUCGCGGUUCUUCCAAGCUAACGGUUUCCAUGUCUCCCCGCUACCUCGGGAUUGGCCUCGGAGCUCAAGUCAAGCAACCGCGGAGAUCGAUCGGUCACCGCAGCAGCCGAGCAGAGAGGGACUCGGGCCCGCCGGAGGGUGGGUGGGCUCGCGCCGACGUCACUUCCGGCGCGCCCGCCGGCCCGCGAAGAGGCGCCGGGCUCGAGGUCGCGCUGCGAGUGUGCGGCUGCCGAGGACGCGCGGUGCCGGGGGCGCGCCUGGAGGGCGGGCUCGGGAAGGGGGAGUGUCUGCGCGCCGCCGCCGCCGCCACAGUCUCUGUCGCUGCCGGCGAGCUCUCCGCCGCUCUCUUCCCGACACCCGGCUGCUCCGUGCACCCUGCCGCCGUGCUCCAGGGUCUGUGGGAGCCGAACAGAAGCGGGAGCUGCUGCAGACUGCGGGGCGGCGGGACGGCCCCGGUCCCCUCCCCUCCGUCACCCCUGCUUGCCGUCUCCCGGGUCAUGGGGAACACCGCGAUCGCCAAGAAAGGCAGCGAGGUGGAGAGCGUGAAAGAAUUUCUAGCCAAAGCCAAAGAAGACUUUCUGAGGAAAUGGGAGAACCCUCCCCCGAGUAAUGCCGGCCUUGAAGAUUUUGAGAGGAAAAAAACUCUUGGGACGGGCUCCUUUGGAAGAGUCAUGCUCGUGAAGCACAAAGCCACUGAGCAGUACUACGCCAUGAAGAUCCUGGACAAGCAGAAGGUGGUUAAGCUGAAGCAGAUAGAGCAUACUUUGAAUGAGAAACGAAUACUGCAGGCGGUGGAGUUUCCGUUUCUUGUCCGUCUGGAGUAUUCUUUUAAGGAUAAUUCUAAUUUAUACAUGGUUAUGGAAUAUGUCCCUGGGGGUGAAAUGUUUUCUCAUCUAAGAAGAAUUGGAAGGUUCAGUGAACCCCAUGCUCGUUUCUAUGCAGCUCAGAUUGUGCUAACGUUUGAGUACCUCCACUCCCUUGACCUCAUCUACAGAGAUCUCAAGCCUGAAAACCUCUUAAUUGACCACCAGGGUUACAUCCAGGUCACAGACUUCGGGUUCGCCAAAAGAGUCAAGGGCAGGACUUGGACACUGUGCGGCACCCCAGAGUACCUGGCCCCAGAGAUCAUCCUGAGCAAGGGCUACAAUAAGGCGGUGGACUGGUGGGCCUUGGGAGUGCUGAUCUAUGAGAUGGCUGCUGGCUACCCCCCAUUCUUUGCAGACCAACCAAUUCAGAUUUAUGAGAAGAUCGUUUCUGGAAAGGUCCGAUUCCCAUCCCACUUCAGUUCUGAUCUCAAGGACCUUCUACGGAACUUGCUGCAGGUGGAUCUGACCAAGCGCUUCGGGAACCUGAAGAAUGGCGUGAGUGACAUCAAGACCCACAAGUGGUUCGCCACCACCGACUGGAUUGCUAUUUACCAGAGGAAGGUUGAGGCUCCAUUCAUACCAAAGUUCAGAGGCUCUGGAGAUACCAGCAACUUCGAUGACUAUGAAGAAGAAGAAAUCCGUGUCUCUAUAACAGAAAAAUGUGGAAAAGAAUUUUGUGAAUUUUAGGGAGGAGGAAGAUUGCCUCGCGCUCACACUCAGUCUUUGCACGCUGUGGAGGUGGAAAGUGGAGCCGAGCCCUCUUGGUGAAGCAGUCACCAAGUCCCUUCAUUCCAGCAGCUGAGUGAGGUCUUAUUGUGUCAUCCGUGUGCGCUCUGCAACCACCUGUGUACCAGGCACCGCUCCUCCGCAAGCAUUGUCUGUGCCAUAACACGGUGUACACCACUUCCCACUGUUCGGUUGUUUUUCUCCACCCUCGACCUCCUUCCCAUUAACUUCUCUGACCAGUGCUCCAUUUAUUUUCUUGGUGUUUCAGAUGGCAGUGUUAUGGCUGUGUGAUAUUUAAAAGGAAAGCUACGUGUUGCUUUUUAUAGUUUUGAGCGAUUAUUUUUGCUGACCAGUGGCUUGAAGAUAAACUCUCUAAUAAUUAUUUUUAUUUUGAGUAGCUCGGACUCAGUUUUGCCAAAACUCUUAAUAAUUUUUGAGAUGGAAUGUCUUAUCACCAAGGGAAUUUGCAUAAGUGAAGAUAAUAACUUUUCAGGAGUCACUGAUGUGGCAGUACAUUCAGAGUGGCUAGCCUAGCAGUUUGGAUUCCUGGACCAGAGGCUUCAUUUCCCUUUGCCUUUUAAUAUUCUUCUCUCCGUGAGAAGUUAAGUGACCAGGCAGAUGCUUCAUUUGUCAGGAAAAGCGAGGGACGUGGCUCCUUGCCGGGCUAUCUUCCUUGGUACCAACAUCUCUGUGGGUCGGAAGACUUGGAAGGUUUCUAAGCCUUCCCUCUUCCAUGAGGGUUUUAGCCAGUAUUUUAGGAAGGCAUGACUGAUAAAGUGACACAUUGUGAAAUUGCUCAGAUAGUCCUCAUUGUCAGUUUCUUCAGGGAAACUUGCAAACUAACAGGAACAUGGAUUUGGAUAAAUACUAAGUCAACGAAAGCCUGAUCCCUCUUCCAGCUUAGAGGCACUCCCUUUAAGUGAGGUUUUCUCUUUGCUUUGGUUCCUAACAGGUAAGACUACAGAAGCCGCUGUUGCUUCCUGUUCUGAUGUUGAGAUGAGGGCACUGUGGUAACUUGGACUUUCAUCCCCUGCAGUGGGGAAGGAGACAAAGCUUAAGAAACUGCCACAUUUGUAUUUUCAUUUUGAGGUGUGAUAUCUUUAGAUACAUCAGAAUUUCUAACCUCUUUUUCUUUGUAGACAGAGUAUAUGAUCAUGCAGAUACAGUUUUAAUAUUUGCGUUUCCUUGAUUUUUUUAUACUUUUUGCCAAUUGACUUCACAAUGUUGCCAUCAUGAGGAAAUUUCAAGCACUCUUGCACAUUUAGUUCAGUGUUCCUUUGUGAAUAAAUGGCUUAACUUUCCUUUACUAUUUUUUCAUUGCUUUAAUUUUCCAUCUCAUUUUCUCUCUGUAUCAGUGACCUACCUUAAAUGAUCAACUCACCCAAAUGGUUUAAAACAUGCCAUUUCCUGAGCAGUCUACAAGCAAAUACGAUUGUUUUAGUCAAACAGACCCUAUGUGUAUAUAUAGAUAACCUCUAUCUGCGUCCUCACUGGUGCAGGUAGGUCAUUGACACCACCCCUGUUCAUACGCACCUACCCUCACGAAACCCCUGAAGACAUUGAAAAGUCCUAUUGAGACGUUCUUGCCACCUAUCUGCAUGUCUUUUGGUUGUCAAGUGUUUCUGCAUGGUAAUGUCCCACAAAGACAAAAUGAUUUCAGUCGGUUCACCUGUAUUUAAAAUGUGCAAGAAAAAUUGAAAUACUCUGCUGUAGCAAGUUUUAUGUAACAAAGAUAUAUCAUCGUGUUAAUAAAUUAAAAGCAUCAUUUGUACAAAAUACUUUAUUUAGUUUUUUGUGUUUCAUUUAAACCCAAGAACAUGCUAAUCAUUGUGGUUUAUGUAUGCUACAAAUUCUCUGGUAGCAUUGUUGUAUAUUAUUGUAAAAUUAUUUCAAUAAAUCAUGGGGAUGACAAUUUGAUUAUUACAAUUUAGUUUUCAAAAAUUGAAGAGAUUUCUAUGAAUCCUAAAAAUAUUUUUUUCUAUGAAAUUAUUAGUAGCCAACUAGAGUCUACCCAGGUAGAUGACCCCUAGACAUACAUUGGUUUCUGAGGGCUUCUCAGCCAUUCCAUUUUACUGUCUGUUUGAAGUACAUGAGCAAACUGUCGGAUGUGUCAAAGGGGUCUAUUUCUGAUUAAUCAAGUACACUAAAUUGGAAUAUUUUUAACAUACCUAAAAUUUCCAUUUUUAGCGACAGUGUAGCCCAAAAGAUUUUCUUUAAAACUUGAAAUAAUAAGUCAGUGGCAAAACCCAGUAUUUUCCACAAAUUAUAUUACACAAAACAGAAGAAAUGAUGUUUUUGCCCAGAAAAUAAAGAAAUAGCAUUGUGCAGGAAGGAGCCGUGGAUUGACAGUGAAACCAUACUGGAGUGAUGUCAGCUGCAGACAAAAGAACUGGACAGGCAUUUUCUGGGGUCCCUUCCAAUUCCCCGUGUUAGGUCAAGGUUCCCUCUUUAUCUAAUACUCUUAAGGGACAUCAUACUUUGAAGUAAGUUUCUGUACAGUGAUACAUUUCUGUGUGCCCUUCCUCUUUCCUCUGACAAUGUUCUGAAAACCCUUUGACUAUCAUAAGACCUUUGUCUGUCCCAUUCCUUACCCCCCGCCCACUGAUGCUAAAAUACACUUGAUAUCAAACUGUCAGCCUACCAAAAAGAUACUACCGUGGCUUAUGGGUAUUGCUGUCUUGUUCUUGGUAUGUUCCUGUACUGAUUGCCCCUUGGUCUGAAGAACCUGCUCAUUGUAAGCCUGAGACUAGAUGAUUAUCCUUCCCAACUGACUGUUUUUCUUUCCUUCUGCUUGUUGUAAGAAUCCAAUGAAAUAAUGUAUGUCAAAGCACCUUGGAAACUGUAAGCUUUCGGUGUAAGAUGUAAGGUGUGUUGUUAUUUCAUUAAUUACUUCUCUGUUUAGAGUGGAAUUUCCUAUGCACUACUAUAGCUAGGAAAUGCUGAAAAUGUGUUUUUUAAUUCAUCAAUAACCGCAAAAUUAAAGUUAUCUUCAAA